AUGCAUGAUUCCGAAACUGAUCUGAAAAAAGAUGAUCUUAUUGGUGAUAUUUGUUUUUCUAAUGUUCAUUUUUCUUAUCCAUCACGGCCGGACGUUAAAAUUCUCAAUGGUAUUUCAUUUGAUGUUAAACGUGGCCAAACAAUUGCUCUUGUUGGAUCAUCUGGUUCGGGAAAAUCAACAUGUGUACAAUUAUUACAACGCUUCUAUGAUUUUGAUUCAGGUUCAAUCUUUGUUGAUGAUCAUCAAAUCGCUGAAUAUAAUGUGAAGUGGUUAAGACAACAUAUUGGUGUUGUUAGUCAAGAACCAGUUUUAUUUCAAACAACUAUUCGAGAAAAUAUUUUAUUUGGAAAAGAUGAUGCAACUAAUGAUGAAAUUGAAAAAGCAGCGAAAAUAGCUAAUGCACAUAAUUUUAUCAUGGCUUUACCUGAUAAAUAUGAUACUCAAGUAGGUGAACGUGGAGCGACACUCUCAGGUGGAGAAAAACAAAGAAUUGCCAUUGCUCGAGCAUUAAUUCGAAAUCCAAAGAUUUUACUACUUGAUGAAGCAACUAGUGCACUUGAUAAUAAAAGUGAAAAAAUUGUUCAAGAUGCUUUAGAUCGUGCUGCUGAAGGUCGUACAACAUUAGUAAUUGCACAUCGUCUAUCGACAAUUCGUAAUGCUAAUAAAAUCAUUGUAAUACAAAACGGUGAAGUGGUUGAAGAAGGUGAUCAUGAAUUAUUGAUGCGCGCUCGCGGAACUUAUUUUGCUCUUGUUGAACAACAAAAUUUACGUAAAGCUGAAGAAAAAGAACAGUUAACAAUUUUUGAGAAGCAAGAAAGUAUUGGAUCAAUUGGAGUUCAUCAAACUGAAGAAAUUCAAUCGAGUUUCACAAGAGAACAUAGUUCCAUUAUUGCUAAUUCACCAUUAUCAAUUAUAAAUACUCUAUAUGGUAAAGUAAAUAAUUCAAUAACAGAUGAAGAUGCAAAUAUAGAAGAAGAUAUUGAAAUAAAAAAGAAAAAAGUUUUUUUAUUUGCUUGUUCGAGUGAAGCUCUAACGAAAAGAUUACGUUCUAAAACAUUUCAUGCAAUUCUACGUCAAGAAAUUGCUUAUUUUGACGAUCCAAAUAAUAAUACAGGAGCAUUAUGUACACGUUUAGCAACUGAAGCAUCUGCUGUACAAGGUGCGACUGGUAUUCGUAUUGGACUAAUGUUAAAAAAUUUCGCUUCACUCGGUGUUGGUAUUAUACUUGCUUUUAUGUUUUCUUGGCAAUUGACAUUGCUUAUUCUUGGUUUUAUUCCAUUUUUGGUUGUUGGAAAUGUUGGAAAAGUAACAGUAGAAUCUAUACAAAAUAUACGAACAGUUAUACAAUUAACCAAAGAAGAUUAUUUUUACAAAAAAUAUUGUUUAUUUCUUGAAAUUCCUUAUCGAUCAUCUAUAAAACGAGCAUAUGUCUUUGGCUUAUCCUUUGCAUUAGCAAAUUCAGUUCUAUACUUUAUGUUGGCAGCAUUAUUUAGAUUAGGUGCUUAUUUAUUGAUUAAAAAUACAGUUUCAUUUAAAGAUAUUUUAUCAUGUCUUGGUUGUAUUUUAUUUGGUGCGCAAAGUGUUGGACACACAGUAUCAACGUCUCCGGAUUACACCAAGGCUGUUAAUGCUGCUGAAAAAAUUUUUGAAUUUUUGAAUCGAAAACCAAUUAUGGAUAAUAGUUCACGUGAUGGGGAUGAAAUACCUAAUUUUAAUGGACAGUUAGAAUUUAAUGGUGUCGAUUUCAUCUAUCCAAACAGACCGGAAUCAAUCAUUUUGAGAAAUUUCAAACUCAAAAUUCAAGCUGGUCAACAAGUUGCACUCGUUGGUACAUCUGGUUCUGGAAAGUCAACAGUAAUUCAGUUAAUUGAACGUUUCUACGACGCAAAUAUUGGUCAAUUGUUAAUUGAUUCCAAAGAUAUUCGAAAUCUUAACCUACAAUGGUAUCGAUCACAAAUUGGUAUUGUUUCACAAGAACCUGUUUUAUUUGAUAUGUCAAUAAGAGAAAAUAUUGCUUACGGUAACAAUAGUCGAAAUGAUAUUCCCAUGGAAGAAAUCAUUGAAGCAGCUAAAAAUGCUAAUAUACAUGAUUUUAUUCAAAAACUUCCACAAGGAUAUGAAACUAAUUGUGGUACAAAAGGAACUCAAUUAUCAGGUGGAGAAAAACAACGAAUUGCAAUUGCUCGAGCAUUAAUUCGAAAUCCAAAGAUAUUGUUGUUUGAUGAAGCAACAAGUGCAUUGGAUAGUGAAAAUGAAAAGAUAGUUCAACAAGCAUUAGAUCAUGCUAAAAAAAAUCGAACAUCAAUUACAAUAGCACAUCGUUUAUCAACAAUUCAAAAUGCAGAUAUGAUUUGUGUUUUACAUAAUGGAGACAUAGUUGAAAGUGGAACUCAUCAAGAGUUACUUGCUCUUCAUAGUCAUUAUUAUCAAUUAGCACUUGGAAAACUUAGAUAA